AAGAUCAAGAAACGCAUUGCAAAACGCACCAACCCUCCCUUCACGCGAGAUCACCGAUUCGCCUUUUCGAUUUUUUCUCCCUUGUCUUUGGUUGUUUUUGAAGCAGAAUUAUUGUUGGCUUUCCCUGUAACUGCGUAAUUGGAACAUGUCUAGCAAUAGGUCCAACCCUCUUCCUAUCGGAGGUCAAAGAACAUCUGGAGCCGAUGUGAGGCAGCAGAAUGUGUUGUCAGCGCUGGCUAUCGCGAAUAUCGUCAAGAGUUCUUUGGGACCUGUUGGUUUGGAUAAAAUGCUUGUGGAUGAUAUUGGGGAUGUCACAAUUUCCAACGACGGAGCAACCAUUCUCCGACUCCUCGAGGUCGAACACCCGGCUGCGCGCGUCCUUGUUGAACUCGCUCAGCAGCAAGACAAGGAAGUCGGCGACGGUACGACUUCAGUUGUCAUCAUCGCAGCAGAGCUCUUGCGACGGGCCAACGAGCUCGUAAAAAACAAGAUACAUCCAACAACGAUUAUCACGGGAUACCGUUUGGCGAGCAAGGAGGCUGUAAAGUUUAUUGUGGACCAGAUGACGACAAAGGUGGAGAGCUUGGGACGGGAGUGCUUGAUCAAUGUUGCCAAGACGUCAAUGUCGUCAAAGAUUAUUGGAUCGGACGAUGACUUUUUUGCAGACUUGGUUGUGGACGGUAUCACAGCCGUGAAGACAGUGAACGCGAAAGGCGAGGCUAAAUACCCCAUCAAAGCUGUUAACAUCCUCAAGGCCCACGGAAGGGGUGUCCGCGAGAGUACUCUGGUGAAGGGAUAUGCGUUGAACUGCACUGUUGCUUCCCAAGCGUUGAAGACAAGAAUCACAAACGCCAAGAUUGCCUGUCUCGAUAUCAACCUUCAAAAAGCACGCAUGCACCUCGGUGUCAACAUUGUAAUUGACGACCCAGACAAACUGGAGGACAUUCGCCGAAGGGAAAUUGAGAUUACGACCGAGCGCAUCAAGAAGAUUCUUGCCACUGGUGCCAACGUUGUAUUGACAACCAAGGGAAUUGACGAUCUUUGCUUGAAGCUGUUUGUGGAGGCUGGUGCCAUGGCGGUACGACGUUGCAAGAAGGAGGAUUUGAAGCGGAUUGCCAAGGCUACCGGAGCUACCUUGGUGUCCACUUUGGCUAACCUGGAAGGUGAAGAGACCUUUGAGGCUUCGUACCUCGGUCAAGCCGAGGAGGUGGUCCAAGAGCGCAUCUCCGAUGACGAAUGCAUUCUAGUCAAGGGAACCAAGGCCCAUUCUUCAGCCUCCAUCAUUUUGCGGGGUGCUAAUGAUUACAUGUUGGAUGAGAUGGAGCGAUCUGUACAUGAUUGCUUGUGCGCUGUCAAGCGGACCUUGGAGAGCAAUGCUGUUGUGCCCGGUGGUGGAGCUGUCGAGAGUGCUUUGUCGAUCUACUUGGAGAAUUUUGCAACAACUUUGGGAUCCCGUGAGCAGCUUGCCAUUGCGGAAUACGCCAACGCGUUGCUGGUCAUUCCGAAGACGUUGGCUGUGAAUGCGGCCAAGGAUUCGACUGAUUUGGUUGCAAAACUUCGUGCGUUCCACAAUGCCGCCCAAAACGCUGGCGGGGACAAUUCGAAAAAGGCGCUAAAAUGGUACGGAUUGGAUCUCAUCAAGGGAGUUCCUCGUGAUAAUUUGAAGGCGGGUGUACUGGAGCCUGCCAUGUCCAAGCUAAAGUCUUUGAAAGCGGCCACGGAAGCUGCUAUUGCCUUGUUGCGGAUAGAUGAUAUGAUUAAGAUUGAGCCUGAGCAGCAGGAAGGUGAUCCUCACGGGCACUAGAUUGUAUUGGGCCAAAUGGUCAAGUUGUUUUGUACGAGGGGUGUAGGUUAAUAUACGUUUGUGUGUGUUUCCGAAUGUCCGAUUCCCAAAUGAUUAUAAUUAUGCCCAAGC